AUGCCCCGCUCCUUCCUGGUAAAGAAGAUCAAAGGAGACGGCUUCCAGUGCAGCGGGGUGCCGGCCCCCACCUAUCACCCCUUGGAGACCGCCUACGUGCUGCCUGGAGCCCGGGGGCCUUCCGGGGACAACGGUUACGCGCCGCACUGCCUGCCCCCCAGCACCUACGAUGCGGACCAGAAGCCAGGCCUGGAGCUGGCGCCGGCCGAGCCCGCGUACCCGCCGGCGGCCCCGGAAGAGUACAGCGACCCCGAGAGCCCUCAGUCCAGCCUGUCGGCGCGCUACUUCCGCGGGGAGGCGGCCGUGACCGACAGCUAUUCCAUGGACGCCUUCUUCAUCUCGGACGGGCGCUCGCGGCGGCGGCGCGGCGGGGACGCGGGCGGCGCGGGGGACGCCGGGAGCGGCGGGGCGCGCGCGGGGCGCGCGGGGACGCCGGCGGGCGGCGGGCACCGGCACGCGUGCGCCGAGUGCGGCAAGACGUACGCCACGUCGUCGAACCUGAGCCGCCACAAGCAGACGCACCGCAGCCUGGACAGCCAGCUGGCGCGCAAGUGCCCGACGUGCGGCAAGGCGUACGUGUCCAUGCCCGCGCUGGCCAUGCAUGUGCUCACGCACAACCUGCGCCACAAGUGCGGCGUGUGCGGCAAGGCCUUCUCGCGGCCCUGGCUGCUGCAGGGCCACAUGCGCUCGCACACUGGCGAGAAGCCGUUCGGCUGCGCGCACUGCGGCAAGGCCUUCGCCGACCGCUCCAACCUGCGCGCGCACAUGCAGACGCACUCGGCCUUCAAGCACUACCGCUGCCGCCAGUGCGACAAGAGCUUCGCGCUCAAGUCCUACCUCCACAAGCACUGCGAGGCCGCCUGCGUCAAGGGGGCCGAGCCACCCCCGCCGCCGCCGCCCGCCGGCCCCACCAGCUGA